AUGGAUGGAUACUGUUUAUGUUUCCGUAUUGAUUACUGUUAUAUUCUUAAUGAUAAUGAUGAUGAUGAUGAUGAUGAUGAUGAUGAUGAUGAUGAUGAUGAUGAUGAUGAUGAUGAUGAUGAUGAUGAUGAUGAUGAUGAUGAUGAUGAUGAUGAUGAUGAUGAUGAUGAUGAUGAUGAUGAUGAUGAUGAUGAUGAUGAUGAUGAUGAUGAUGAUGAUGAUGAUGAUGAUGAUGAUGAUGAUGAUGAUGAUGAUGAUGAUGAUGAUGAUGAUGAUGAUGAUGAUGAUGAUGAUGAUGAUGAUGAUGAUGAUGAUGAUGAUGAUGAUGAUGAUGAUGAUGAUGAUGAUGAUGAUGAUGAUGAUGAUGAUGAUGAUGAUGAUGAUGAUGAUGAUGAUGAUGAUGAUGAUGAUGAUGAUGAUGAUGAUGAUGAUGAUGAUGAUGAUGAUGAUGAUGAUGAUGAUGAUGAUGAUGAUGAUGAUGAUGAUGAUGAUGAUGAUGAUGAUGAUGAUGAUGAUGAUGAUGAUGAUGAUGAUGAUGAUGAUGAUGAUGAUGAUGAUGAUGAUGAUGAUGAUGAUGAUGAUGAUGAUGAUGAUGAUGAUGAUGAUGAUGAUGAUGAUGAUGAUGAUGAUGAUGAUGAUGAUGAUGAUGAUGAUGAUGAUGAUGAUGAUGAUGAUGAUGAUGAUGAUAAUUUGGAUGAUUAUGAUGAGAACAAAGUUUGA